AUGGCCGACCAUCACGAGCCCAGCAGACAGCGUUCGACUUCCCGGACGCGCAUGUCGCGUCCAACAACCCCGCUGCGCCCUUCGUCGCGAUCUUCUUUUAGAGAGUCUGCCCGCGAAAGCAUUCAUGGCGGCGAACCUUUCCCCCUCAACACCUUCGAGCCCGCCUUUGCAGAGUUGUCCGACGCCAUGGCCGACCUGGAAGCCAAUAUGAUGCAUUUCCAGCUGAUGCACGAGAGUUUGGCCCGCUUCAGCGAGUCCUUCGCCAGCUUUCUGUAUGGCCUCAACAUGAACGCCUUCUGCGUCGAUUAUCCUGAAGGGCCAAUCGCGGAAUCUUUUCGACGUGUGAAGGAGCAAGAAGAGCCCGGCGUAAGCUCAGCACCUGCUCGCGUAGCGCAAUCCGUACCAGAGAACGACGGCGAAAUGACCUUUAUGACUACGGACGUUUCCUUUGUCGAAAAUCCUCCCGCUUCCGCCAAACCGACCCCGAGAUUGAAGAACCCCGAAACAAAGGGAUCACGAGUUCCGGCUCCGAGCAUUCGCGGCGCUUCGACGCGGGGUACCAGGGGAGCACGUCGUGGGGCCGCCGAGUCUGAAAGAGGCCGGCCUAGCGGUCUGGCUCGAGCUCGCGGCCGUGGUGUUCGGUGA